AUGAGUCUGGUGGAGGUGAGGCAGUUGGCGAGCUCGCUGACCCUGCCCCUGUCCAGCAAUGACUCUAAGGACCGCUACUGCGAGAGUGACCCGGAGAGUCUUCGUGGCCGAGCCAUGUCACCGGACCUCAGGCAGGACUUCAACAUGAUGGAGCAAAAGAAGAGGGUCACCCACAUCCUGCAGAGUCCAGUGUUCAAAGAUGAGCUGGAAGGCCUGAUUCAGGACCAGAUGACCAAGGGCAACAACCCAACAGGUCUGCUGGCCCUGAGACAGAUAGCCGACCUAAUAAUGGCCAGCACGGUGGGAGGGGCUGGGCCCUUGACGUCACCCAUCAGCUUGGGAAUGGUGUCUCCGAUCAAUGACUUGUAUGCCGUGGAGUCCCCAUCCUUUUCUAAAGGCGAGAAGCAGAGCCGCUGCAAGUUAGCUGGCCUCUACAGGCUCAUUGACCUUUUUAGCUGGGCUCGUUUCACAAGUUCGUACAUCACCGUGCGUGUCAACAAAGAACAGGACCAUGUUCUGAUCAGUCCAAGGGGUCUGUCUUUUGCUGAGGUGACCGCAGCAGCUUUGGUGAAAGUGAACAUGAUCGGUGACAUAGUGGACCAGGGAUCAACCGACUUUGGCAUUGACCACUUCGGAUUUGCUCCUCAUGCCGCAAUUUACGCCAUGCGGCCUGACUUGAGAUGCAUCGUCCACGUUCACACACCCGCUACAGCUGCAGUGUCCUCCAUGAAGUGUGGAAUACUGCCCAUUUCCCAGGAGGCCUUGCUCCUUGGAGAUGUGAGCUGCUUCACUUACCAUGGCAGCCUGGAUAAUAAAGAGGAGAAGGUGGAGUUUCAGAAAGCUUUGGGCCCGACUGCCAAGGUGAUGAUCCUUAGGAACCAUGGACUGCUGGCAUUGGGAGAAACAGUAGAGGAAGCCUUCCACUACAUGUACCACUCACAGCAAGCAUGUGAAAUCCAGGCACAGGCAUUGGCGUGCUCAGGUGGCGUGGACAACCUUGUGCUCCUCGACAGGGAGAAGUUCAAACCCCUCACACAGGGAGUGGCCGCCGCCGGGGUGCCUGUAAGCAACGACUUCAAAUGGAAAGUUGGAGAGGCUGAGUUCGAGUCGCUUAUGAGGAUGCUGGACAACCUAGGAUACAGAACUGGCCACUCAUACAGGAACCCCAUCGUUCGUGAAAAGCCCCGAUCCAAGAAUGACGUGGAGAUCCCUGCCACGGUGUCUGCAGUCCCGCUGGAUGACGACGCAGCAGCAGGUCUGCGCAGCCCUUUCAAGUUUAUGGCGCAGAGGCAGCAGCGGGAGCGAACGCGAUGGCUCACCUCACCGAACAGCUACUUGAGGGUGAACGUACCGGAGCAUUCGCUUAGUGGAGACGUCAGCCCCAGAACCAAAACUAUGUGGAUGAAGUCAUCAGAACCGGGAAAAAGCAUUGGUACUCCAAUUAAGAUUGAAGACCCCAACCAGUUUGUCCCCCUCAAUACUGACCCCACGGAAGUUCUGCACAAAAGGAACCGGAUAAAAGAGCAGCACAGAGGCGACCAGAUGACAUCGGGUCCAAAGUCACAUUUACUGGCCGGUAUUGUUGUGGACACCAUCCCAGGACCCGCUUUCAUCAUAGAGGAUGAGGAGCACACUCGUUCCCUACCGCCCAAUCCUUUCAACCAUCUGACCAAGGAGGUGCUAGAGGAGUACAAAAGCUUGGUGGAGCGAAAGCAACUAGGCCAAGAAGAAGAUGAAGACGCCACAGAUGCGGACGAGAUGACCACGUUUGAUGGCUCCACAAUCUCACUCUCCCUUUCGCCCAUCAUGACACCAAUCAAGCUAGACACAAUAGCCAACGGGAACGAGCACUUGUCCGAUCAGGACGAGGACCUGAGCCUGGAGGUUUCCAAACUGAGUGUGAGUGCUUCGGAAUCUCUGGAAAUCUCCAUGAGUGCCAAGGAAGAGACCCCGGAGAGCCAGAGUAAAAAGAAGAAGAAGAAGAACAAGUUCCGCACGCCUUCCUUCCUGAAAAAGAGCAAGAAGAAGGAGAAAAGUGAGGUUGCUGUGCAUUAA